AUGCCUGGAGGAGCGCCGAUCGUCAUCACAGGAACAGCCGAUACAGCUCGCGUUGAAGCUCCAGUCACUGUCAAAGCCUACUUGAUAUGUGCCUUCGCUGCGCUGGGCGGGAUAUUCUUCGGCUACGACACUGGCUACAUGAGCGGCGUCCUGGGAAUGAAGUACUUCAUCCGUCAGUACACUGGUUUGCCAUACCCAGACCCCAACGACGCGGCCGCAGUGGCAGCCUUCCAUCUUCGGGCUAGCGAGCAGUCUCUCAUUGUGUCGAUCCUGUCGGCUGGGACAUUCUUCGGUGCGAUCAUAUCUGGUGAUGCGGCUGAUUUUAUUGGACGACGUACGACGAUCAUUGUUGGGUGUCUCAUUUUCAUCAGCGGAUGUAUUCUGCAGACUGCUUCGACGAGCCUGGGCCUCAUGGUUCCAGGCCGCUUGAUCGGAGGGUUUGGCGUGGGGUUUAUCUCUGCAAUUGUCAUUCUCUAUAUGUCGGAGAUUGCCCCAAAGAGAGUGCGUGGAGCGUUGAUCGCAGGCAACAAUUUCUGCAUCACCAUCGGAAUCCUCCUCGCCAAUGUCGUGUGCUAUUCGACUCAAAACCGAGAUGACAGCGGCUCCUAUCGUAUCCCCAUUGCUGUCCAAUUUCUCUGGGCAAUGAUCCUUGGAAUCGGUCUCUUCUUCCUUCCCGAAAGUCCGAGGUACUUUGUCAAGAAGGGGAAAUUGGAGCAAGCAGCAAAGGCUUUGUCUUCCGUACGCGGUCAGGACGUUAACUCGCAGUAUAUCCAAGACGAGCUUGCAGAGAUCAUUGCAAAUCAUGAAUAUGAAAAGCAAUUGACUCCUCAAGUAAACUAUUUCGGAAAGUGGGCGGCGUGCUUCAAGGGUUCAUUGCUACGAGGCAAUUCAAAUUGUCGCCGCACCCUCAUCGGAAUCCUCAUGCAGAUGUUUCAACAAUUCACCGGCAUAAAUUUCAUAUUCUAUUUCGGCGUUGUCUUCUUCCAGAACCUCGGUACUAUCAACAACCCUUUCCUGAUCCAAUUGAUCACCAGUCUCGUCAACUCAUGCUCGACCCCUUUCGCGUUCUGGACGGUCGAACGCUUCGGUCGACGCAAGAUCCUGCUGACUGGCGGGUCUGGCAUGGUGAUCUCGCAAUUUAUCAUCGGCAUUGUCGGUGUCACUGCCGGCAAAAAUGGUGAUCCCGCCGCCGUUAGAUGCAUGAUCGCGUUUAUCUGCAUCAAUAUUUCCAUGUUCGCUAUGAGCUGGGGUCCGGCAGCGUGGAUCAUAGUUGGCGAGAUCUUCCCUCUGCCGAUUCGAUCUCGAGCUGUGGGUCUCUCUACUGCGAGCAACUGGUUCUGGAACUGCAUCAUAGCCAUAAUAACCCCUUACCUAGUGGGCAAUGGAGCGGGCGAAGCAAACCUGGGUGCCAAAGUCUUUUUCCUCUGGGGCUCACUGUGCUCUCUCUGUGUCUUGUUCACCUACUUCGUGGUCCCUGAGAUGAAAGGCUUGAGCUUGGAACAGAUUGACAAAAUGCUCGAGGAGACAACGCCAAGGAAGAGUGCAUCCUGGAUGCCGCAUAGUACUUUCGCUAGUGAGAUGGGUCUGACAGAGAAAGGCGUACCUGUCACCGCCAACAUUGAGGACGUUCAUCAGCAUAAAGUCGUUUGA